GAGGUACAGACGCGGCGACACGUGACUUUUGACGUCGGCACCCUUUGCAACUAGGUUUAGAAAUCCCCGGAUUGGUAAACUGUGCGAGUCGGUAGCCCACAGUCUUUUCAGGACUUUUCAUGAUUUUUCAAAUAUUCAAGUUCAAGUUUUCCAAAACUUGCAAUUUUCCCGGCUCACCUUGUCUGCUGAAAGGCUGGCUGGAUUACUUGCUGACUAUUGAUGUGUUACUGAUUGUCGAUCUGUGUGUGACAACUGUGGCCUGGUGUGUUUAGAGCAAAGAGCAAGGACCAGAGCUGCAUGGUUUUAAAGCGAGGCCUGAUCCAGAUGCAAAUAAUUUCAACGAACCAGCCCCGUGGAAUUUAUUGCCCAAUAGGAAAUACGUGUAUUCUCGGCCUGGUGAAUGUGCAGUCUGCAUCUACCACUUUGGACUCUGCAGUGGAUGUGGUUGUGACGCAUAAUGCCUACCCUUGAAGGAGAUUCCGAAGCCCGCUACUGGCCAGUUCUUCUGGUCAGCUUUGUGGCUACCAGUUUGACGCAUGGCUUGGCCAGUUCCAUGGGGGUGUUCUACAUAGAGUGGCAUAAAGAGUUCCCGCAGAGCUCGGCGUUGGUUGGCUGGCUAUCCACCUCAAUGCUGGCUAUGCUUCUUUGCUCAUCGCCUGUCGGUGGAGCUCUGGUCAACUACUUUGGAGUUCGUCGGACGGUGGUAGCUGGCAGCGUCCUGUCUUUUGCAGGUCUCCUGAGUGCGUCAUUUGCCCAGCAAAUCUUCGUCCUGUUUAUUACGAUCCCGUUUAUGGCAGGCAUUGGUUUUGGGUUGACAUACACAGGUGUGAUGGUCGUAAUAAGUGAAUGUUUCCACAAGCAUCACGCCAUGGCUACUGGUGUAUCCAUGUCGGGGGCCAGCGCCGGCAUGGUGGUACUGCCAAUCUUCUUCCGCUUCCUGAUCGACCAGUACGGAUGGCAGAGGGCGCUGUUGGUCACCAGCGCGUUGCACGCCAACGUGUUGGUGUGCGCAGUGGUCAUGAGGCCCCCCAAGCAUUCACACCUAAAGAGGGCAAAUAGAAACUCGAGCAUUAGGAGUGUGACGGUGAGUCAAAGAACUCGGUAUCGCUUGGAGAGGCAGGCUUCGACCAAUGGCGACCAGUUUGAAGAUGCAGCAUGCAGUGAUGCAUUAAAUCGGAACAUUAGCAAAGUUUCCUUCAGAGCUGGGAAUGACGACGAAGGCACGGUUUUCAUUGAACAAUCGCUGAGUGGCAACCAGUUUGAAGAUGCAGCAUGCAGUGAUGCAUUAAAUCGGAACAUUAGCAAAGUUUCCUUCAGAGCUGGGAAUGACGACGAAGGCACGGUUUUCAUUGAACAAUCGCCGAGUCAGAAUUGCGAGUCAGAGAUGAAGCCAACUUGCUGGGAGAGAGUCCAGGAAUUCUUGCAUCACUCCGGGCUCUCCCUGUUCUGGACUAACCGUGUCUUCAGCAGCUUCAUGGUGUCAGUCGUGGCUUGUGCGUCAAUUUAUGGUAUCACCUUGCCUUACAUCGCGGCCCGCGCAAAGUCCGUCGGCAUUCCUGAGUUCGAAGCCUCGUUGUUGGUCUCUGUCAACGGUAUUGGCAACCUCUUGAGUAGACCCACGCACGGCAGACUUUUGGAUGCUAACUUGAUGCAGCCAGCCUAUGUGUAUGCCGCGUUCGUUGCCUUAUCAACCAUAGCCGCUCCAAUCAUUGCGUCGGUCGAGAGCUACGCUUGGUUGGUGGUCAGCACGGUGUUGAUUGGCAUGUCGGCUGGUGCCUACAUCCCCAUGCAGGCAGCCAUCAUCCGUCGCAUUGUAGGUAAAGAGAGAUACCCCGGUGGGUUUGGUGUGGGACUGGUGUGCGUUUCCAUGGGCAACAUGGCAUCGGCAGUCAUUGCAGGCUUUAUGUUCGACGCAACAGGCAGUUACAGCCCAGGGUUCAUCUUCAUGGCCGCCAUGUCUGGUCUCGGUUUCAUUGUGGUGAUUGGCAUACACAUACUUUGGGACAGACUGGUUCCGGACCCCCGAUGGCCAACAGUUCGUUGAAGUUGCCUUCUGGAAAAAUUGUGUCUUUCUUUUUUUGUGCCAUUUUUUUGUUUAAAAAUAAAUUUAUGAUG